AUGACGUUCCCCGUGCUCGGCGAUUUGCUCAACAAUCUCCCCACCGCGCAGGAGAUUUCUGCCAAUCCGUUCCCCCCGCCGGGCCCCUUCAGCGCGCCUGAGGCGCAGGUCGGCGCAAACAGAGACGGCGGCGGGCGGGAAGGGGGCAGCAGCUGGGGCAGUGGCGGAAGCGGCGGGGUAAGCGCGCGGGAAGCGCAAGCCGACGCGGGGAGAGACGGGAGCGGAGGCGCAGGGGGGGAGCAGAACGGCGGAGUGCAAGCAGGGGUUGGGGGGAACAGAGCGGGAGGGGCGGAAGGAGUUGGCGUGGCUGGCGGGGGAAAUGGGGGGUUGGGGGGAUUGGGCGGAAUGGGGGGAGUGGGGGGAGACGAUAGCCGGUCGGGGAGCGAGGAGGAUGGGACGUCGGAUGGGGAGGGGAUGGGCGGGCGGGAUAAGAAGAAGGGCAAGCGGUAUCACCGCCACACGGCGCAGCAGAUCCAAGAAAUGGAACGGUUGUUCCGUGAGUGCCCGCAUCCGGACGAGCGACAGAGGCAGCAGCUGAGCCAACGGCUGUCGUUGGCGCCACGGCAAGUCAAGUUCUGGUUCCAGAACCGCCGCACGCAGAUGAAGGCUCAAACCGAGCGGGCUGAGAAUGCGAUGCUGAGGCAGGAGAACGACCGGCUGCGCGCUCAAACCGAACGAGCGGAAAACGCAAUGCUGAGGCAGGAGAACGACCGGCUGCGCAGCGAGGUGAUGCGCCUGCGCUCCGUGCUGGCUGCUGCCGCGUGCCCCGCGUGCCACACGCGCCUCGUGCCGGGAAGCGGUGGUGACUCCAUGCACGAUGCCUCGGCCGUGACGGCUCAACUCAUGGAGGAGAAUGCGCACCUCAAGAACGAGGUACGGGGCAUUCGUUCCGGACACGAUGCCUCGCCCGUGGCGGCGGCUCCGCGCAUGGAGGAGAACGCACACCUCAAGAGCGAGAGAGAGCGAGUGUCAAUGCUGGCAGCGCGGCAGCUGGCAGCAAGGGGUGCGGUGGUGGAUCCCAUAGGGCCCGCCACAGUCGCUGCUCUCCACGCUGCUGCUCUCAACGCCGCUGCUGCUGCCUCGCUCGCCCUGCAUCCACCUAUAGAGCGAGUGUCAAUGCUGGCAGCGCGGCAGCUGGCAGCGAGAGGCGCGGUGGAUCCCAUGGGGCCCGCCACAGUCGCUGCUCUCAACGCCGCUGCUCUCAACGCCGCUGCUGCUGGCGGCAUGCAGGCACCAGGCAUGGGCGCUGGUGCUGGGAACCCCUCUGCUGCCGGCAAUGCUGGUGCCGGUGCCGGCGGUGGUGGGAAUGGGGGUGGGGGUAUGGAUGGAAUUGGUAACCCUGGGAUGGUGCAGGAUGGUGGUGCUGGUGGCAUGGGGAUGGGAGGCAGGGAUUUCGGCGCUGCUGCUGCUGGUGGUGGUGCUGUUGGGAGUUUUGGCAUGGAGUCUAAUGCUAGUGCAAUUCAGCGUAUGCAGCAGUUUCAACAGCAACAGCAACAGCAGCAACAGCAACAACAGCAACAGCAGCAGCAUCAGCAGCAGCAGCAGCAGCAGCAGCAGCAGUCAAUGGGAGGGUUGCUAGGGGAUAUGGUCCCUUCGUCCCGAUUCAACAUGGAUGCAACUCAAGGGGGCUUCUCUGCUGCUGGUGCAGCGGCGGUGGCGGCGGGGAGGGGUAUGAAUGAGCAUGGGAUGAUGCGCCUGUUGGGCGGUGACGCACCACCCCCUGCUGCACCCAGAGCAGCAGCAGCGGGGGGGUCAGCAGGGGGGGGAGGCGUGGGGACGAGUGGCAUGGACGGGUUGUCGGAUUUCCACCGGAGCAACACGGGGAGAAGCAACCACUCCAACGCCUCGCCCCAUGCUGCUGCUGCAGCAGGAGGAGGAGGAGGCGGAGGAGGGGGAGGGGGAGGAGGAGGCGGAGGAGGAGGGGGAGGGGGAGGCGGAGCAGGGAGCAGCAGCAGCGGGUUGCUAUACGACAUGGGGGGGAAUGGAGCUGCCCGCACCGCUGCUCAUGCUGACGCCGCUGCAGCUGCUGCAGCAGGAGGAGGAGGGGGAGGGGGAGGGGGAGGAGCGAACGGUUCUCUGUUCGGCCUGGCUAGCGGGUGGGGGCUAGCAGCAGGAGGAUUAGGAGGAGCAGGAGGAGCAGGAGGAGCAGGAGGAGCGGGAGGAGCGGGAGGAGGAGCAGCAGCAGGGGGGGCAUUAGGACUAGGCCCAGGUUUCCCAGCAUCAUUGCGAACAGGGGGAGGCAUGAUGAACCCUGUGGGGGGGGAGGCCAUGGGGGCCCUGCUAGGCGCAUCAGGGGAGGGCGGAGGUCUGUCAGACUCAGAGCGAGAUGUGGUGAUGGACUUAGCAGUCUCCUCUCUAGAGGAGCUCGUAGGCUUGGCGCAGAUCAACGAACCUCUCUGGCUCCCGGGCCUGCUCUCCCGAGCCUUCGACAGGCACGGGAGUGGCAUUGAGGGUGCGAGGGGAGUGGUGUCGCUGAACGCCCUCGCACUCGUAGAGCUCUUCAUGGAUCCGGUGAGUUUGGAUGGCAUCGAGCGCGCGAGGGGAGUGGUGUCUCUGAACGCCCUCGCAUUCGUAGAGCUCUUUAUGGAUCCGGUGAAGUGGGCAGAGAUGCUCCCAUCGUUGGUGUCUCGAGCCGUGGUGGUGGAUGUUAUCUGUGUCGGCAACGAGCCCACCCAGCGCAACGGCACGCUCCAGCUGAUGUAUUUAGAGACGCAGAUGCUCACACCGCAAGUGCCAACGCGAGAAGCCUUCUUCCUUCGCUACUGCAAGCAGCUCUCCCCCACCUGCUGGGCUGUCGUGGACGUGUCUGUCGACCGCCUCCGCAGCGAGCCCCCUCCCGUCAUGCUCAAGUGCCGACGACGCCCAUCGGGAAUCCUCAUCCAGGAGACACCCAACGGCAGCAGUCAGGUGACACUAGUGGAGCAUGUGGAGGCAGACCCCUUGGGAGUGCCGCCGCUCUUCAGACCAAUCGUGGCAGCAGCAUUGGGUUUCGGGGCGGCAAGGUGGAUGGCGGCAUUACACCACCAGUGUGUGCGGUUCGGGGAGCUGCUAGGGAACCCCACGUCGAGGGACAGUGGCAUCGUGUCUCAGCAGGGCCGCCGCGCCAUGCUCCGCCUCGCCGGCCGCAUGCUCUCCAACUUCUGUGUCGGCCUCUCCUCCUCCACCAGACAUUCCUGGAAGGUGAUAGACAACUCAGACCGCGCCUCUGCUGCCAGUACCGCUGCAGGGGGUGGGAGCACACCCGCUGGCGCCAGCACUGCAGGGGGAGGGGGGAUGGGGGGCGAGGGGGAGGGCAUGGGGGGUGCGGGUGCGGCGUCAGAAGCAGCAGCGAUGGGGGCGGUGGAGGUGUGGGUGGCGAUGAGACGCAGUGUGACGGGCGCAGGGGAGCCUCUGGGGGUGAUUCUCAACGCCGCUGCGUCUGUCUGGUUGCCCGUGCCCAUGCCUCUCGCGUUUGAGUUUCUGCGGAACGAGCAGACAAGGCGCGAGGGGGACAUCCCAGUGGCUUUCUCUCAUCCUCUCUCACCCCUUCUCCGCCGUUUUGGUGCGCAGUGGGACAUCUUGACAAGCGGGUCAGUGGUAUCAGAGAUGGGGAGAAUACCCAUUGGUGUGGACCAUGGCAACUGUGUGUCGCUGCUCAAAGUGCAGUUGAUCACCCUUUUCAUGUUUGCCCUCCCCCUCUCCCUUUCUCUCUGCCUCCUCUCAGGAGCUCUUAUAGUAUAUGCACCAGUGGACAUACCGGCAAUGAAGGAGGUCAUAUCAGGCGGCUCCUCCGACUCCGUCGCCCUGCUCCCCUCGGGAUUCUCCCUCCUCCCUGACUGCGCCCUCUCCUCCGACCAACGAGUAGCUCUCUUCCACGCCGCCCCCAUCCAGCCCACCGCGGGCGGCGCCGCCUCGGCAGCAUUCGCUGGGGGGGCGGCGGGGAACAGCCGGUAUGGGGCGGAGGAGGGAUGGCAGCAGGGUGGCGAGGUGGAUAGCUUGGCAGCGCAGGCCAUGCGGAGUGCUGCGAGGAAGAGGGCGCUGGGGCACGUGCCGGAAGGGUCCAUUCUGACGGUCUCGUUCCAAAUCCUCGUCAGCCCUAACCCCCAGGCGAAGUUGACGACAGAGAGCAUGGCAACGGUGAACUCCCUCAUCUGCUGCACCGUGCAGCGUAUUCGCCAGGCCAUGGACGUCGCUGCUGCCACACUCUAG